AUGGCCUCAAAUACUACCCAGGGAAUUCAGUCAAGAACCAUCUGGGAACCAUCAACCACGAAGCCCAUGGCCACCGUCUCGAAGAUCACAGUCACGUCUGCACCGUCCGCACCGUCUGCGCCAUCUCGACCUAUUGACCAGAUCGUUGACGCGUACCGCCAUCGGUACGCAUCUUAUCUAGCUUCGACGUUUCACAUCAGCGUGGAGGCGGCAAACCUCGAGGCUAAUUACCAGCUCCGGCCUCGUCGUCGGUCCGAGGCUUCUGAAUCAGACGUCUACAGGGUGUAG